AUGUACCGUCUGGCGGUCUUCCUGCUGAUGAGCAUACAAGGUACAACAACACAAAAUGAGGAGAUUUUCCGUUAUCCAGAAACUGGGCCAUUGUUUUAUCGCAAAACGACUCCGUAUCAAUGCACAAUAUGCGACGCCUACGACUGCCUUAAGAUGGACGACGCGAAAUGCGAAUACUACAGGGCGAUCAACAGAAUGCUGCAAGUUGAGUGUCAAGAUAAAGUGAUCACCAAUCCCGCGAUAAAAGCUGAAGUAGACGAGUUGCUUUUCGAUUUAACUAUAAAAGAAUCGCGCGCGACCCGCCAAUGCCUACCAGACAUAUCCAGCUACACAAAUUGCAACAAACAUAAUCUGUGUCUGGGCUGCACGCGGUGCUCGUGCUCCGCGGCAGGCAACUGGGAGUGCAGGAGAUGGCAGCAGUGCCGGCAGCAGUCUCCCCUGGAAGUAGACCACCAUCUGCUAGUCGAACUCAUGGAGUACAUUGACGACUCCUCGAGGAGCGUCAGAACUAAAACAAAGCGUUCGAUUCACACAAAUGUGUCGCCGAUAGGAACUGAGAAAGAAGAAAAUUUUACAUCACAAGAAAUAUCUUCAUUAAUAAAUGGAGUUAACAACACGUCUGAAAACAAACAAGCUGGGAUAGACAAUGUUUUAAAUACAGCUGAUAUGGAAAUGGAUGCAGUCACCGAAAUUUUUGAAUUAAUGAAUGCCACCGAGAAAAAUGAAUCGAUUGACCAAACCGAUUUGGACUUCGAUGACUUGUUCCCAGAGUAUUAUAAUAUAAGCAUAGGAGACGCCGCUAAACUGCUACUACCAAUGCUGAAAAAUCAUACUGAAGACAUACUGGAUACAGAUUACAUCGAGAUCCCUGACGAAAAUGCCACGGAAUUGGAUAAAGGAAACAUUGAGAAGAUAUUAGAUUUUAGCAAUCUAGACGCGAAUGGAAAAAAAACUCCUGCAAUGCGUGAAGCUUAUGAUCUAUUUGAAAGGCAAUCGGUGCGUGUUGUCAAAAGACAAAUUAUAAACACAACAAGAAGUUUACGCAAUCAAGUAUUAUUAAAUAAUUCUAAACGAUCUAUACAAGAUCUCACAGACAAUGUUCUUCAUCCACUUUUAGCAUUUAUUAAUACAAAACGCAAUGAACUAAAAGAAUUAGAAAACAUGAGAGAUUAUUUGCAAGAAUAUAUUAGAAUGUACAUAAGAAACGAAACGUUUUUAAAAAUUAAUAAGACUCUACUAGAAAACUUGACAAAUACUUAUGUAGCUUUUUACAAAAUGGAGAUAUUACCAGAAAUUCAAAAGACUUCGGUUCAAAAUAAACUUUUAAGUUUGGAUGACUACGAAUCUAAAUUAGAAAGGGACAUUUACGAAGUAAUCAGAGAUAUCAUUGGUAUACAAGAACACUCCAAUUACAAAGACCUACCUGAAAACUUAAACAUAUUAAUUCAAGCUAUGAAAUAUUAUAUACAUAAACAAGGAAAGGUACAUGUCAUGAGGGAAUUUCAAAGAAUCACUGAAAAUAAUAUGAAUAUGUACAAGAAAUUUAUCGAGUUAAAUUCUAAUGAAUUUGCCGUGUCUUCAGCUCCUAGUAUAAUAAAACAAAUACUCAUUGUGAUUGAUAAGGAAAUGCCUCGGUCCAAUGCUUUAGCACCUUUGUCUACAGGAGCCAAGAAAAUAUUGAAUCGUUUAGUAAAUUACGAUUUUGGUGAAAAGUACAAUUUAAAAAAUCGAAGCAUACUCAAGCCUCAGUACAAUAUGGCAAAUGACUUGAAAGAUGUUGGAAUCAAAUGGUAUAAGAUGACGAGAGGCAUUGCCUCCAGUCACCUCUCGGAUCGUCUCUACAGCAUGAAGCUGCUGCAUUUGGAAAUAUCAAAAGAUAUAGCCAAAAUUAAUGAUGCUUUAACUUUUAUACAAAAUUCACAGACAAGACGUUUUAUGUUAUUCGAUAAAGACACCAGCGAACGCUAUGCCUCAAGAAUCGGAGAGGACAUAAAAAUCGUAUAUGUUAAACUUCAAGAAAUUUUAAAACAACAAAAUGAGGACAAUGUAAAAAAGAUUAUGCCCAUAACUGUUACAACACGAAAACAGAAAUCGAAAAAGAAAUCUUUCUUACAACAAGUGAAAAAAAUACUAAAACAGUCGAAGAAAGACUUCGUUAAGGUUUUCAGAAGUAAUGUCAAAGAUGAUUUGUCAGAACAAAUUCAAAAUAUUAAGCGGCAAAAGGAUACAAAAGGAAAAUUAAACAGAAUCAAAAGAUCAAGUACUGCAUUCAACAAGUCAAUAAGACGGAUCAAAAAUAUAAUACCUGAUUAUUUAAAAAGGAAAUUUAAUGGCGCUAAAAACUUUAAAACUGUAACGAAAAAACUGUAACUGUUGUAUGUUUCGACUUUUCUGUAAUUAGGAGACUAAGGAGCAGUGACAUCUCGAACAUCAGAGGAAUUAGAAUUACUAAAAUAAGAAAUUAA